UCUAACGCCACUCACAGAAGAGAACAGUUUGUUAAAACGACUCAGGAAACUUGUUGUUACGAAGCUGGAAUGCCAAUGAAUCAUUUCAACAUUUGAUGUUGUAGAUGUUUCGUUUGUUACUCAACGAUCGUGUAUUGCUUGAAAGAAGCAACUAUUGGACGCAAUCCAUUGUUUAUGGCAGAAAGCUAUUUCAUGCUGUUGAAGAACAACCUUCGAUAAACUUGGGAAGUAUUCGGGAUAAUCCAGGUGCUAGGAAAAAGAAAAAAAGAGUAGGACGUGGAAACGGUAGUGGCUGCGGCAAUUAUUGUGGAAGAGGAAUAAAAGGACAAAAGAAACGACAAGGAGGUCACGUAAAGCCUUGGUUUGAAGGUGGUCAAACGCCUCUUUUCAAAAGACUACCACAGCAUAAAUUUCCAAAGACUUGGUAUGACAACCACGAGUUGGUAUUUUUGUCUGAGGUUCAGCGUCUUGUGGAUAUUGGCAAGCUGAAUCCUUCGCAACCGGUUAACUUUAAAGAACUAUUUCGUCACGGUAUUAUACGAAUGCCUUAUAGAGGAGUUCGUCUAGUGGCUCGAGAGGUCGAAUUAUUUUCAACGAGUCUCGAUUUUGAGGUUACUUCGUGUACCCGUGAAGCAGCUCAUUUGAUAUUAGAAAGUGGAGGUACUCUUUCACUGGCUUAUUACACAAGACCAGGAAUAGAAGUCUUACUGAAUCCUGAACGUUGGACAAGGCGUGAUCUUCCUUUACCUCCUUUUGAACAACCUCCGCAACGACUUGCUGCGUUUUAUAAUGACUGGAGUGAAAAGGGAGUUCCAGUCAGAAAAAUCAAAACGUUGGAUGACUUGGUUGAACCUUCAGAAGCACUUUUAGAGGUUAGAAAAUUCAGAACUCUCAAGCAGUUGUUUGAAGAGGAACGGAAGAAUAAGCAAAUGGAACAGACUACCAAUUCGUAAAGAGGAAUGAUUUGGAUUUUUAUAGAGAUAAAAUGCUGUUUAAAUGAAAAUGGUUUGUUGAAAAUGGGGGAGUUUCAGAAAGUGCAACGAUGAAGUUGUUCAUGUAAUGAUGAAUAUGAUAAAGAUAUAUGGAACGCCUUUAUAGAAAACC